AUGUCGAGUCCCGGUUCUCCUCCCGCUUCUACGCUCAGCAGCUACCUCGAGCAGACGGCUUCUGCUCUGAGCUCCGCCGCUUCCUACAUGCGUCUGCCCGCACUGGCAUCCACGGGUAUUGCUGCCGCCUUAACAUCCUUGUUGUAUUUCAAGCAAAAGGCUCUGAUAUACCCGUCCCAUAUGCCCCCAAACUCGCGGACAGACGUACCAAGACCUUCCCAAUUUGGUAUAAGAGACUUUGAGGAGCUUGUCAUUCCUACCGACGAUGGCGAGAAGCUAUCUGCUUUCUAUAUACGAGGCCCUCGUGGCGGCAAGAACUCUGAUGUGACCAUGAUUAUGUUUCAUGGCAACGCCGGAAAUAUUGGCCACCGCCUUCCCAUAGCAAGGAUGCUUAUCAAUUAUAUUGGCUGUAACGUGUUUAUGCUGGAGUAUAGAGGUUACGGCACCUCCACUGGAGAGCCCGACGAGGGUGGAUUGAACAUUGAUGCGCAAACCGGGCUGAAGUAUCUACGUGAAAGAGCCGAGACACGAGACCACCGGCUGAUCGUCUACGGUCAGAGUCUGGGCGGCGCGGUUAGUGUCCGAUUGGUGGCUAAGAACCAAGACGCAGGUGAAAUCAUUGGUUUGGUGCUGGAAAAUACUUUCCUAUCGAUGAGAAAGUUGAUUCCAUCCGUUAUUCCACCGGCCAAAUACCUGACUCUGCUUUGCCACCAGGUUUGGCCAAGUGAUACGACUUUACCAAACAUUACAAAAGUUCCUGUGCUCUUCCUCAGUGGUUUACAGGACGAAAUUGUUCCUCCCAGUCACAUGCGCCAAUUAUACGAACUUUGCAACGCCCCCGACAAGCGGUGGAAGCCACUGCCGGGUGGCGAUCACAAUUCCAGCGUCCUUGAGGAGGGCUACUUUGAAGCCAUUGCCGAAUUUGUUGCGGAUGUCACGAGCGAGGCAUCCAAGGAGAAGACGCGGUUAUAG